UUAGGAGCUAAAUUUACCUGACCUAUUAUCGCACAAAGUGUUUAUUUUGCUUUUUUUGUUUGUUUACCAGUAAUAGACUAUAGAGAAGAUCUAGAUAGAUUCUAAAUCCAGAAAUUUAUUAUUAAAAAAAUAAAUUAUUCAGAUGUUAAAUAUAGACUAGUCUAGAGUAAGCACCUUGAACUCCUGCAGAAUUACCAGAUAUUCUUUUAAACGAUUCUAAUUCGUCGUAUAGAGUAAUAGAGUAUAGCGUAGUUAAAAGUUAGGCAAUCAAAUUCUGAGUACCGGCACCUAUUUUUUUUACCAAAAAAGCACUAGAUAUACAGUAUAAAUUGCUUAUAUCAUGAGACACCAUGGACUGAUAUAUUGUUAAAAUUUUAAAAAAAUCAGGAUUUAGUAAUAACUUUCUUGACAACCUCUCUAAUAAAGAACCACAUUUAUUUUUUUACAAGAUGGCAUCUAGCAUGGAUGUAAGAGACAUUUUAGAACUGGACACUGGUCAGAUGCAAAAUGAUUUUGUGACCAAAGAAUCUCUUAUGUAUGAUGGCAAAAAAAAAAAAGUUAAAAAACCUGAUGCAAGUAUAAAACGUCCAGAAGGAAUGCACAGAGAAUUAUGGGGCUUACUUCACACUGAUAGUCGAUAUCAAACAGAUGCAGCACCAAUAAUUCCAUCAGACACCAAGCAGGGUUACAAACAGAUGAAAGCUAAAAUUGGAAGCAGCCGAGUGCGGCCUUGGAAGUGGAUGCCAUUUACUAAUGCAGCUAGAAAAGAUGGUGCAGUUUUUUAUCAUUGGGGUCGUGUAGCUGAUGAGGGCAAAGAUUAUCCCUUUGCCCGAUUUAAUAAGAGUGUAGAUAUCCCAGUAUUCUCUGAUCUAGAAUACCAACAACAUUUGCAUGAUGAUAAUUGGACCCGCCAGGAAACCGAUCAUCUGUUUGAGCUGUGUAGGCGGUUUGACCUGCGCUUCAUUAUUGUACAUGACCGUUGGGACAGAGAGAAGUAUAAGGAACACAGUGUGGAAGAUCUGAAAGAAAGAUAUUAUAAUAUCUGCAACACACUAGCCAAGGUACGUGCACCACAAGGAGCAGAGCCCAAAAUCAAAGCUUUUGAUGCAGAGCAUGAGAGAAGGAGAAAAUCUCAGCUUACAAAACUGUUUGACAGAACACAAGAGCAGGUGGAAGAGGAGGAGUUUUUGAUUGGUGAACUGAAAAAAAUUGAACUUCGAAAGAAAGAGCGUGAGAAGAAGCAGCAAGAUUUACAGAAGUUGAUCACUGCAGCAGAUACCAAUGCAGACAACAGGAAGGCUGAGAGGAAAAACACUAAAAAGAAAUUACAGGCCAGAGAAAUAAAAGAUGGUGGAAUCUUGGCAGCACCUGAACCAGGUGGGAUCAAGUUCCCAGACUUCAAAGCUUCGGGUACCAGCUUGCGAAGUCAGAGGAUGAAGCUCCCAGCAACCAUUGGCCAAAAGAAAACAAAAGCAAUUGAACAAGUAUUGGAAGAGCUUGGACUUGAGUUCAACCCGAUGCCAACAGAUGAAAUAGUCAACACUUUCAACAUGCUGCGUCAAGAUAUAGUCUUACUUUACGAGCUUAAGCUAGCCAUGUCCACAUGUGAAUAUGAACUUCAGACCCUCAAACACAGACAUGACCAACUCAUAGCAAACAGAAAUGGAGGGAGCUCACUCUCAAGUUACCUACAGUCUUCAGUUGUCAAAGAACCCGACACACCCACAAUAUCCAUGGAUGAUGGGGCUGGUGAAAGUAGUCAGGACGGUUGCGCCAUGUCUCCAGCUAAACGGAAGCUGUUAAUGGAUACUAUUGAUGUAGUAGGCACAGCAUCUACUCCAAGUAAAAAACGUAAAGCUGCCAUUGAGCAAAGUCAAGUUCUGAAGAAGAUCAAGCAGAAGAUGUAAACAAAGCAAUUCUUCAAAUUUGGCAUUUUGCAUUUACUGUUGUAAUUAUGUUUUGUGUUUGUUAGUGUAAGCUGUGCUUAAAUUUUGUGUAAUUGACUCAAUGAGGGGAUGAAUGGAGAUGUUGUCAGGUUUGGUCUGGAUGCAUUCUUUGUUCGUGGCAUUGAGUGAUAUUUUUUUAAAACAUAUAAAAUCAAUUUAAUAAUCCCUA